AUGCUACCAAGCUUCAUAGUUUUUGUCACCCUGUUAUCUGCAUUUUCCUCAUUGGGGUUCGCCAAUCCCAAUGUGUACGCCCCAUUUGCUAUUACACUACCACCGUUCUCAAAGGAAUGUCUUUACUACGACAUGAUUGACAAUAAAGAUUCAAUAGUGAUCUCAUAUCAAGUCCUUACUGGUGGAAACUUUGAAAUUGAUUUUCAAAUUACGGACCCAUCUGGAAAGGCUAUUGUAGAACAGAAACAAAAAAAGUAUUCUGAUUUUCUAUUGAAGUCUUUUGGAUUAGGCCAAUACUCCUUUUGUUUUACUAAUUCAUACGGUACAGCUUUGAAAAGGGUCGAGAUCACUUUGGAAUUGCAAAAGCAAAUAUUGGAGGAAGCACAACCACCCGAAGACAUUGUGGCUAAUAAUGCAGUCGAAGAAAUUGACAGAAACCUAAAAAAGAUUACGAAGUCGCUAAACUACUUGAGGGCAAGAGAAUGGAGAAAUAUGUCUACUGUUGCAUCCACUAAAUCUAGACUAGUGUGGUUGUCCAUUUUAACUAUGGGUGUCAUGGUUGGCAUCAGCGUUUUACAGUCCUUAAUUGUCCAGUAUUUCUUCAAAGAUAGACAUAGAAACUACGUUUGA